AUGGCAGGUCUUCAACUCAACAUCGACUGGAAGUCGAAUCGCCGGGCCAUCGCCUACUGUCUGGUGGCUGCCAUCGGUGCCCUUUGCUACGGUUACGAUACGAUCUACUAUACUGGGAUUCAGGGUAUGCCAUGGUUUGCCAAAGACUAUGGAGAGAAAAACGCAGAUGGCUCUUACUCGCUGGGAACAUCCUUCCUGUCGCUGUCUGCGAGUAUCAUCUAUGUGGGAGAGUUGGUCGGAGCCAUUGCCGCUGCUCCCAUCAAUGACUUUUUCGGCCGGCGUGCCGUGUUCCUGUCCGCCUCUCUUUGUAUUGUCGUCGGAGCCAUUGUGCAAGUGUGCUCAUUCGGAUCUGAUCCAGUCUUCUAUGUCAGCCGUGUCUUGAUUGGUCUGGGCGUCGGGCAGUUCACCGCCACUUGUCUGAUGUACAUUGGAGAGGUGGCACCCUCUGCCAUCCGAGGUCCGGCUCUCAUGUGCUUCCAGUUCAUGCAGUCCAUCUCGCAAUUAGUUGGAGCCUGUGUCAACCAAGGCACGCAGAGUAUUGCCAGUGCUCAAUCCUACCGCAUUCCCAUGUGCCUGCUCGUUGUUCUUCCCGGUAUCAUGCUUCUGUGUCUUCCUUUUACACCGGAAAGCCCGGUUUGGUACAUGUACAAAGGCAAGCGUGAGCAAGCGAUCAAGGCCCUCCGCAAGAUCAACCGCAGCUCCCGCGACUACGACCCCUCCGCAGACAUCCAAGCCAUUGACGAUCAAGUGCAAAUGGAGCGUGAAAUGGCCAAGGAUGCUACCUGGCUCUCGCUCAUCACGGAUCCUAUUGAGCGCCGCAAGCUCUUCUACGCCUGCGGCGCCAUGUUCGUCCAGCAGAUCAACGGUAUCCAGUUCUGGUACACCUAUGGCGUGGUGUUUGCGCAGUCGAUCGGCGUCGCGGAUCCUUUUACUAUUAACACCAUCAUCUACGUCCUGCAAAUCAUUACCGUUGGCGUAGCAGUCGUCCUGGGAAACAAGAUCAAGCGCCGCACCAACCUCCUUCUCUGCUCAACGGGGCACCUUCGGCGAGGUAUCGGCAUCGGCAUCGUUGUCCUCGCCUAUAUUAAUAUUAUUUUCUAUAACUUCUCCAUCGGUACCCUGUCGUACUCCAUUGCGUCGGAAAUGUCCGUCGGCCGCAACAGAAACAAGAUCACCGCCUGCGCCAUGGGCGUCUUCUUCCUCACAGUCUGGCUCAUGGUCUUCACCAGCCCCUACAUGUACUACACGGGUAAUUUGGGUCCGAUGAUCGGCUUUGUCUAUGGCGGAACAACCCUAUUUUUGCUAGCGUAUUCGUGGUUCUGUGUCGGUGAGACCGCGGGUCGCAGCAAUGCGGAGAUCGAGAGGCUCUUCCAGGACAAGGUUCCCGUUCGUCAGUGGGCGACCUAUGUUAUUCCUUCCGAUGAUGUGGCAGUUAUGAAGAAGCAGGGCACCGAGGAUGAGCAGAUUGAGAUGGCAUGA